AUGACUUCAAGUUCAGCAGCUGUCUCCCAAACUGAGCAGGCCAUAGAUCUUUCAUACCAUGGAGAUGAUGACGAUGUUGUUUCGUCAAAAUCGCAAAGUGGAAAUAAUGCGAUUGUUGUCGAUGAUGCAGAAACUGAAAGGCAUCCCAGAAAAGCUACAGCACCCCCACCUUCAGAUGUUAUGGAUGAAGACGAUGAUGGCCAAGUUGGUCCUUCUCCAAUAGAGUCGCUAAUUGGCAAUGGCAUUACUAACAAUGAUAUCAAAAAGCUUCAAGAGGCUGGCUUUUACACAGUUGAAUCUAUUGCAUAUACUCCGAAGAGAAAGCUGAUUACGGUUAAAGGUAUUUCUGAACAAAAAGCUGAUAAACUGCUUACAGAAGCCAGUAAGAUUGUUCCCCUUGGCUUUACUACGGCGACUGAAUUUCACCAGAGGCGUGCAGAGUUGAUAACCUUAACUACCGGCUCCAAGCAGUUGGAUACUUUAUUGGGAGGUGGAAUCGAAACUGGUGCAAUAACGGAGGUGUUUGGAGAAUUCCGAACGGGAAAAUCACAGCUUUGUCAUACGCUAGCAAUUACAGCACAGUUACCUGUUGAUAUGGGAGGAGGGGAGGGCAAGUGUCUUUACAUUGAUACAGAGGGAACAUUCCGUCCAGUUCGACUGGUUUCUAUCGCUCGAAGAUUUAGUUUGGAUGAAAACGAGGCUUUGGAUAAUGUUGCUUAUGCCAGAGCAUAUAAUGCUGAUCACCAGAUGCAGCUUCUUAAGCAGGCAGCACAAAUGAUGUCCCAGUCACGGUUUUCUUUGCUCAUAGUUGAUUCUGUCAUGGCUCUAUAUAGAACUGAUUAUAGUGGACGGGCAGAAUUAAGUGCAAGACAAAUGCAUGUUGCUAAAUUUAUGAGGGCUUUACAAAGACUGGCUGAUGAAUUUGGUAUAGCCGUUCUAAUAACUAACCAAGUUGUGGCCCAGGUUGAUAGUAGUGCUAUAUUUAAUCCAGACCCAAAGAAGCCCAUUGGUGGAAACAUUAUUGCUCACUCAUCGACAACUAGACUUUACUUUAAAAAGGGCAAAGGUCGCAACAGAAUUUGCAAGAUAUAUGACAGUCCUUGCUUGGCGGAAACUGAGACCGUCUUUGCCAUAGGAGAGGGAGGUAUAAUGGAUCCAAAUGAUGGCACUGAAGACAGUGAUGAGGAAUGA